AGGCACUGGGUGGAGCGGCCGUGUGUGAGGGAGGGGGGCCCCGCUGCUGUCACUGUGCAGUGAGGAGGAGAUGUCUGCGGAGGGCGAGGAGCAGGGGUCGGGCGGCUAUGACAGCUCGUGUAUCUUCUGCAGGAUUUCCAACAACCCGGAGAGCGGCUCUGAGCUGCUGCACUCUGACGAGGAGCUGGCCUGCUUUAAAGACAUCAGACCUGGAGCACCUUAUCACUACUUGGUGGUCCCCAAGAAACAUGUUGGAAACUGCAAGACCUUGACAAGCGACCAUCUGCAGCUAGUACAAAACAUGGUGGAAGUGGGGAAGACUGUGCUCCAGAAAAACAGUGUGACUGACUUGGAGGAUAUAAGGUUGGGUUUCCACUGGCCUCCUUUCUGCUCGAUAUCCCAUCUACAUCUCCACGUUAUGGCUCCAGCCAGUCAGCUGGGAUUUCUCUCUCGAAUGAUUUACAGAGUGAAUUCAUACUGGUUUAUCACGGCUGAUCAGCUUAUCGAGCGCCUUCAGGCAAAUCUACUUGCAAGUUGAAAUUCAAGCACCCUGUUAUUCUCCAAUUUCAUUCCGGCUGACUGGGCCAAGUGGUACCAGUCCAUGAAAAGAUAGAUGGGUUGAAUGAUCUAUUAUUAAAGAAUGCGACAUAUUUAUUGUUUGAUUGAUAUUCUGGUUGUGAAGUGAUAGAAAGCAGUGUUACCUCUCAUAGUACAUUUAAGUUAUUAGGAAGUAAUUGAAGAAAUUCCAGUGGCCUAUAAUAGGCUGCAAGCUGUGGCAUGGGGCCUGUGAGGUCCUCGAUGUAGUUGUAGAAUAUAAUAAUUUAGAGGUUUAAACUCUAGUAUCAUCUCCCUCUAAGUCCUAUUCAUAUGCCCUGUUAGGGGGGUAUGAAUAUAACACAGCGGAAGCUGUCUCUCUCUCCUAUCAUGUCCAGGGAUUACAUGGAUGGUCCACUAAUAUCUCUGUGGAAUCCUGCAUUUCUCCAGCAGCAUUGCUGCCAUGGGUGAUUGCAGCCCUUAUUUCAUGGGCACGAGGGUUUCACUGUAGUUCUGAUGCCAUGUCCGUUCUAGGCCAGAAGUAGAGCCGUACAAGGAAUAAUCAGAUAGUUGCUCAAUUCAUCUGGAUUAUUGUGGUGCAUGGUGAAUGUACCAAAUAUCAUUAUGAGCAUACCAUUCGUAAAACUAAAGGAGGCUCAUGGGUUAAUGGAUCAGUUUAUGACGGAGAUGUGAGAACAAGGUAGAACAAAUAUUUGACACCUUGGGGCAUUUAUUAAGAGGGAAGAAGGUUGAAUCGUCAGAAUAUAAUGGCUGGAAUAAUUCUGUCUUGUUUCUCCCUAUGGCAUGCAUGCAUGGUAAAAGAAAAGGCAUUAGGGGGCUACAGUGGGGUAAAGGGUAGAGCGAGGCUGAUCCAGUGAUGCCCAUUACAUUAGGUCCCAUUGGAUAUAAAAGGGGCAGUACAGGUAGCAUAAUGGCAAACUCUACCGGUUUUCUACAUUGCAGGGAGUUACAGUACAUUGUGAGGUGCAAGUUUAUAAUUUGUGUUGAUUCUAAAUUCAAUAAACCUUUAACAUACACAUGAA